AUGUCGCUUCCGCCGUAUCCCUAUCCGCUGGAGCAAAUCCAGUGCUCAUCGCCGGUCUUCGAUGUCUGCUUCCAUCCGCACAAGCAGCUGCUCGCUGCGGCAUUAGUCUCGGGCGAGGUCGAAGUCCACGAAGUCCCAACCGCAGAGGAAGUCCAGGCGCAUCUCGACGCCCGACACAUGCAUCGCAUGCGACAGAGACAGCAAGAGCACGAACGGAGACAGCGGGAGCGAGCGGAGCGACGGCAGGCUCGCGUACAGCGGAGACGCGAUAUCGGAGCGCAAAAACCCAGAGAUGGAGCCGCAGAAGCCGAAGCUGACGGCGCAGGGAAAGGAACGAACGCCGCCUUGAGCGGAGAGCCGACUGCGGACGAAGCAGAAGAAAUGACAGGAGGCAACGUGCUGCCGCCCGCGAGCGAGAGCGACGCGGACGCUUCAUCCAGCGAGGAAGACGAGAGCGAUGAAGAAGACAUCAAGAGGAAACACUUCGCCGACGACCUGCAGACAGUCGAAACAAAAGUUAUGACUCUGAAAAAACACAAAAAGGGCUGCCGAGCUGUUCGCUUUUCUGCCGACGGAACACGACUCUACUCAGGAUCGACGGACGGCCGCUGCGUCGUCAGCGAUGCGGAGAAGGGGACGACGACGUGGAGGAGCCAGAGACAGAGAGAGGCGUUGAACGCACUGUGCCUGUUGACUCGGAACGUCUUUGCGACGGGCGACGACUCGGGCGCAGUGACGCUGUGGGAUGAGCGGCAAGCUGCGCCCACGCGCGUGUUGAAGGAUCACGACCAUUACGUCUCAGAUCUGGCUGCGGCGUGGAUAUCGCCUGCGCCCGUCUCUGGGGCGAACGCCGCAACCCCUCCGGCGCGGCGGAAGAAGAUGCACGGAGGCGGCGAAGCCGCGCAGGCAGAGGCGCAGGGAAGCGCGUCGCACAUGCCUACGCAUCUGCUGGCUACUGGAGGAGACAUGCUGGCUGUAUUCGACUUGCGGAAAAAAUCUCUCCUCGCCCGCAGCGACCCGCUCGAGGAGGAUCUCCACUGCGUUCAAGUUAUGAAGGACGGGAGCAAAGUCGUCUGCGGGUGCCAAGACGGCACUGUGAGCAUUUUCAGCUGGGGCGACUUCGGCGACCUGAACGACCGCCUUACGGGUCAUCCACAGUCCGUCGAUUCCAUGGUGAAGCUUGACGAGACGCAUCUGAUCAGCGGUUGCGCCGACGGCCUCGUGCGGCUUGUCAGCUUACUCCCGAAUCAAGUUCUCGGCGUUCUGGGCGAGCACACGACGGGUCACACGGCAGUUGAACGCCUGGCUCUGAGUGGCGACAAGACGCUGCUCGCGAGUUCGUCCUACGACUCGACAGUCUCAAUUUUUCAAGUCAGCCGGCGGAAGCAAAUCGUCGAGGAGCGGGACCGAAGCGCGUCUCUUCGCCCGACAAAGAAGACCAAGCAGAAGAAAGUUGUAGACUUGCGGAAAGACAGCGACUUCUUUGAUGACCUCUGA